AUGUCCAAAGGCGAGUGUCCCAUGAAGACGGCCAACGUCGCAGGCGGUGGCACCAAGAACAUCGACUGGUGGCCAAACGAGCUCAGGAUCAACAUCCUGCGCCAACAUGACCCAAGGCAGAACCCUCUAGGCGCAGAAUUCAACUACGCCGAGGAAUUCAAGAAGCUCGACUACGAUGCAUUGAAGAAGGAUCUCAAUGCCCUGAUGACCGACUCGCAGGAGUGGUGGCCCGCCGACUUCGGUCACUACGGCGGUCUCUUUAUCCGAAUGGCAUGGCACUCGGCAGGAACCUACCGUGUCUCUGACGGCCGUGGUGGCGGUGGUGAUGGCCAGCAGCGUUUUGCCCCUCUCAACGCCUGGCCAGAUAACGUGUCCCUCGACAAGGCCCGUCGCCUCCUCUGGCCCAUCAAGCAGAAGUAUGGCAACAAGAUCUCGUGGGCCGACCUCAUGCUCCUCACCGGCAACGUAGCCCUCGAGUCCGUGGGCUGCCCAACCUUUGGCUUCUCCGGUGGACGUGCCGAUACCUUCCAGUCUGACGAGUCUGUCUACUGGGGUGGCGAGACCGAGUGGCUGGGCAACGACGUCCGUUACAAGGACGGCAGCAAGGGCGUCGAGGGACAGGGCGUUGUCGAUGGCGACCAGCACAAGAAGGACCACAAGGACAUCCACACAGCACGCGAACUCGAGAAGCCAUUGGCUGCUGCACACAUGGGUCUCAUCUACGUGAACCCCGAGGGUCCCGACGGUGUCCCUGACCCUGUUGCUGCCGCACAUGACAUCCGCACGACUUUCAGCCGCAUGGCCAUGAGCGACGAGGAGACUGCUGCCCUUAUCGUCGGUGGCCAUACCAUUGGAAAGACGCACGGUGCUGCUCCCUCCGAGAACACAGGGCCAGACCCCAACGGCGCCGACAUCUCAGACCAGGGCUUCGGCUGGAAGAACAAGCACGGCAGUGGCAAGGGCCCAGACACAAUCACCAGUGGUCUGGAAGUCAUCUGGACCGGUACCCCCACCAAGUGGAGCAACAAGUACCUUGAGUACCUCUACAAGUUCGAGUGGGAGCUGGAGAAGAGCCCUGCUGGCGCCAACCAGUGGGUUGCAAAGGACGCCGACGCUAUCGUCCCCGAUGCGUACGACUCCAACAAGAAGCACAAGCCUAGGAUGUUGACCACCGAUCUGGCAUUGCGCAUGGAUCCCGGCUUCGAGAAGAUCACCCGCCGAUGGGUGGACCACCCUGAGGAGCUCAACGACGCUUUCAUCCGUGCCUGGUUCAAGCUUCUCCACCGUGAUAUGGGUCCACGAACCAGGUGGGUUGGCCCUGAGAUCCCCAAGGAGGUUCUCAUCUGGGAAGACCCUGUCCCCGAAGUCGACCACGACCUUGUUGGCGAGUCUGAGAUCUCCUCCCUGAAGAAGGAGGUUCUCGACGCUGGUAUCGAGCCUUCCAAGCUUAUUCGCACUGCCUGGGCAUCCGCUGCCUCCUACCGCGGAAGUGACAAGCGUGGUGGUGCCAACGGUGCCCGUAUCCGCCUCGCUCCCCAGAAGGACUGGGAGGUCAACAACCCCAAGGAGCUUGCCGAGGUCCUCAAGGCCCUCGAGGGUGUGCAAUCGAAGUUCAACGGCUCUGGCAAGAAGAUCUCUCUCGCGGAUUUGAUUGUCCUGGCUGGUGCUGCCGCACUCGAGAAGGCUGCAGGUGUUUCCGUUCCGUUCACACCCGGUCGCACUGACGCGACUGACGAGCAGACCGAUGCUCAGUCAUUCGAGCACCUCGAGCCCGUCUCUGAUCCCAUCCGCAACUACGGCAAGGGUACGGAGCGUGUUCGCACCGAGCAGUUGGAUGUUGACAAGGCUCAUCUCCUCAACCUCACCGCCCCUGAGCUGGUUGUCCUUGUCGGUGGCGCGCGUGCAUUGGGCCUCAACUGGGAUGGCUCAUCCAACGGUAUUCUCACAAAGCGUCCUGGCCAGCUUACUAACGACUUCUUUGUCAAUCUUCUCGACGUCAACACCUCCUGGACAGGUGCUGACUCCAGCAACCCACCAGAACUAUACGAGAGCGUCAACCGUAAGAGCAGCCAGAAGUGGACUGCUACUCGCCACGAUCUCAUCUACGGCGCACACCCUGAGCUUCGCGCUAUUGCGGAAUUCUACGCAACGCCUGAUAACUCAGACAAGUUUGUGAAGGACUUCGUGGCCGCUUGGGACAAGGUCAUGAGCAACGACCGAUACGAUCUCAAGGCCAAGUCGGUGAGUGGAUCGUCGAGUGUUUCGAGCAGGCCUCGUCUGUGAGCGAGUGCAUGUAUUGCUUUUGUACUGUUUCAAAGCACUCUUUGGGUUCACUCACUGACACAUUGUGAUAGUCAUGAACCCGUACAUAGAGUCAACCAUGAUACCUAGAUAGCGAAGUUUCGACACUUGAGUCAGAUAGGCAACGGAAACGAAUUGUUCAAAC